AUGUCGGUAGCUGGGUUAAAGUACGACCCUGUACUUAGCCUUGACACCCCAGCAGAAACCAAGUCAGGAAGCUACAUUUACAGCGGCUCCGCAGCGUCCUUCCACGACUGGGAGUUUCGCACACGUGCCCGUGUAUCCCAGCAUCGUGAAAGGCAGCGUCGAGAGGUCUUGAAAGACCUUCGUUCCAGCCACCAACUCAGCCGUUCUGCAUCCCCACGAAAGUGGGUAGGUGGUGGCAUAAGAUCCCCGGACCGUCACACAGGUGAUGAGAGCAGUGGAAUGGCAGCCAGUCCUUCAAGUGCCCCAGGACGCCGGCGCGGCCGCCAGGCCGGUGCGGAGUCCAUGUCGUCAGGAGACGGUGGCGAAGAAGAGCAACAGCCACAAGAUUAUGAGGUUGAGGACGACGGGCAAGCUUCGGUUGAGACUGAGCCUGUUCCCACACUCGCUUCGGUCCGCGAUAGUGAUCUUGACAUGUCUGAUGCAGUUCAGAAGACGCUGGAAGGCCUCCGUGGCGACGCCUUUCUUAUCGCCCGAGACAUAGGUCUCGAGAGGUUGUUGAAGCACGACGGCAUUGAUCUUCUCAUUCAGAAGGUCAAAGACCAAGCAUUUCCCUUGCAGGGGGAAGAGGCAUCGGAAUUGUUCAGGCAAGGCCAGUUGCUGACAGGUCCCUUGUCCAAACAAUCGGGGGAGCCGAUGUUGUCAGAGGCCAUGCGUGCCAAUCUCCUUGUGGAACUGUCUGGUUUGUCGCGCCAAGAGCAGCUCAUGGUGCGCACCGCAGCACAAGCCGAGACAGUAGAUGAGUAUGCGCGCGUAUUGAUCAAGCAUCAUAGUGUUGUGCAUAUGCGUGAACGCUUGCUCGUUGAGAAAGACAAGCCUGCCGCUAGAACAUGGUCCAAGCCCCGGUGGGAGAAUACCUCAUUUCAGCAGAAGGCUCGGUACGGUUACAUGACACAAGGUUUCGUGGAGGAUGAUGAGUAUGAGUACCAGGAGCCAGAAAGUCAGGCCUAUGUAGCCGAGGAGCAUGAGGUCGAGGAAGACGAAGGCGAAUGGGUUGAUGACAGUGCAUUAGCCUUGGCUCUCAAUGCAUAUACAGCUAUGCAGACAGAGCUUGGAGGCGAGCCAGGCGAGGAGCACGCCGAAGCAUUGCAGCUGGCAUACGCAGCCCAAACCACACUUGCCAAUGUGAAGGGUAACAAAGGUGCAGAGAAGUCCGCCUCACCCGGGAAGCCCGGGAUGGCAUCCUCCUCACAAGCCUACCUCGCCGCACUGAGUGACGCAUCGGACGAUGAGACCCCUGCCAUUCACCUUUCCAACACUUCAAGAGACAUGGAGGGCUAUCCCGCUGAAAGGAGCGGAGGACCCUCAGAGCGUCCUCGUGUUCGCAGAUCGGAAGCCACUGCCAUGCGUGACAGCCCACCGCCAGGAUCUGACACCUUGUUUACUUUUGGUCAUCACAAAGGCCUGACGUAUGAACGAGUGCUACACACCUAUCCUGGGUAUGUCCUUUGGGGUCAAACACAGAAGUGUCCCUCCAAGUGUUUGGGUGAUUUCCUGAACUGGGUGCAUGAGCACUAUGUGGUAGAAGACACGGACCCCAUAGAAGUGCGUAGAAGAGACAUCCCUCUUAGUACGAUGAUGCCCCCAACUCCCGUUGCUGACCGCGCAGCCAACGCUGAAGGCACCGCCUCAUCCAGUACCGGUUUCCGGCCCAAGUGCAGGGGUGGUUGUAAGACCUUUAGCAAGACAGGGAGCAAUUCGUACAUAGACACGCGCACAUGCAAGUUUUGUGGCACGGUAACCAAGACUCGCAAAGAACAGGUUCAGGUCGACCCUACCACAUGCACGCAUGCCCAGGUAGAUCGUUCAGGUUCCAGCAAGACAACCAGCCGAAUCAAGUGCAAGCUUUGUGGCAUGAUCCUAGAUGAACUGCCCCAAGAAGAGAAGAAAGCUAGGGACGCAGCCGCAGCACAGCUGCGAGACACGAACACCCUAGACUUCGACAUGAUGCGCUCUAUAGUGGGCAGAACAGGGGACCGAGUGCCUGUAGAAGUGGUCGUACCAGCCCUUGAACAGUUCAAGGAGGCAGUUGAGGGUCACUUCGUCACCGAACCUUCGAUAACGAGGGGAGACUUGUUUGCCUACCUUCAAGAGGCUCUGGACGAUCAUGCGGAUGAUGCGAGCCCCACGAGCGCGAGUUGGGAGAUGGCUUCAUCGGGAAGAAGGCCCGGUACAGCAAUGGUUGCCAUGCUUGCCGGACCACACGAGGGAGUCACAGACACGAACCCCAGUUUGAGCAAACUCCCCGUGGUUAACAUUCGCACAUCCCCACAUGUUUUCGCAGUCCUGGAUGAAGGGUGUAACUCAACGGUUCAUGGCGAGGAUUGGGGUCACGAGAGCAUGUCCAAGUAUGCGAGCUUUGGGUAUUCCACGAGGUUUGCGAAGGAGACUUCCAAGACCUUCAAGGGUUUGAGUGGUGAGAACACAAAUUUGACAGCAGCCAUGGCCAUCGCACCUUCACAGCGCCCCGCGCCUAAGGCGAGGCCUCAGCAGCUGAAUUCCGAGACCUUCCCCACCGAGGGAGGAGACAAUCCCAAGCACGCCGCGGACAUUUUUACCUUCGGCUACAACUUCGAGGAGGCCGUCGAUAAGAUCCGCAACGCUUGGGAGCCACAGCAUUUCGCUGACAUGUUUAGUGAGAUGCGCUCGGCAGAGGCUACCCUUGAACUCGGAGGCGCAUUCGUCGGCAUCUUCUUUGAUCUGACAUACUUGCCGAAUGCCAGGAGUUUGGAUCCUGAGCUCGCAGAUCGCAAGCGAGAUACAAGCCUCCGAGAUCAUGUGGGUUCCCACCCUUCUAUAAUGAAGGCGAUAGCUGCAGACCCUGGAUUCCUGCAACAUUGCAGAGCCAUCCGUUCCAAGGUGAAGAAGUCAAUGGAGCAGGGCUACCAGGCGAUGAACAUUAGCGUUGUCUGCAAACAAAACCGGCACCGUUCCGUGGCAGGAGGCAUCCUCAUUGAGCACAUGCUACUUCGCGUUGAAGGACUUCAUGUUUCCAUGCAGCAUUGCAACAGCGAACAGUCCUGGCCGCUCAUGGGUGGAUCUUGCCGCGGGCAUUGCAGCUGGUGCACACAUCGCACAGACGAUGCGAAGGCGAGCUACGAACAGGUGUUAGCCGACUUCAUCAAGUAUCUGGAAGGCGAUGUCAAGGAGAGCACCACAUGCAUUUUGCAUUGUGAGUCAGAGCCUGAAAGGGCCCCGGGCACAGCUCCGGAGGAAGUCACUGAUCUGGACGCAGACGAUGAGGUGGAAGAGGUCCCGUCAGAUCCGCUGGAAGUAGCGCCUGGAGAGGGAGAGUCAGCAUCGCAGGCAGCUACUCGAUUGGGGCUUCGUGGCAAGCAGCACACCUCCUACGUGGCGAAGUGGGGCCCGAGCUCCCUGACAGGGAGGAAGUCGAGUCACUUCGAAGCAAGCUCCGGGACGCCGAGCGGGACAGGCAGGAGGCGGAACGGAGAGCGGAGCGUGCAGAACAGCUCCUGCAAGAUGCCCUUGCCGAGUUUGGUGGUCGUUCCCGCUCCCGUCAUCGACACCAUGACCGAAGGGCAAGGAGCAGUUCGAGUGACUCCCGGAGAAAGGUCCGGAGGGAGAGGCCAAGCCACCACGAUGAUCACAGAGCGCAGUCUUCUCGCCGAGAGUCGUCUUCUUAUCGUGAUCGUGACCGUGAUCAGUGGCACCCCAGCAGCAGCUACCGCGACACCGCUCGCGAGACCUCCUCAUACGACCAGAACCAGUGGGAUGCUUGGGAUGAUGAGUGGUCCCGAGCUGGCGAUUGGGAUCAUCAGGCCACCCAAGCCACCUGUGAGACGAUGGACCCCACAUUUGGAGGCGCGUGCCAACAGGGCCGCCGACGAGGAGUUCUGGCAGAGGCGCUUUGAGGAGAAUCGACCCCUGGACAGGCGGGAGCUCAAGAACUACUUCCAUGAUCCGGCGGCUGACAACUCUAACGCCGCCUGGGCGCAGUGGAGGAAGAGUCAGGGCCCCGCACCGCCGGGAGAGGGCAAACGCAUCAAGUUGGAUCCGGCAAUCCUCGCUUUGGAUCUUACGGAGAUUCCAACUUCGGACGACGCCGGCCUUUCGUGGAACAGGCGAGUCCUGGUCGACCUGCUCCCGGACCAGGUGAUGCACGAGUUCUGCGGCCUUCUGUAUGGGCGUCCGAGUCCGGCGUUGUGGAUUGGCCCUUACAUGCCCAAAUCCUUCUCCACUCAGGAUCUGGAACACACGGACAAGUCCGAGCGCCACAACUUCAAGGUGACUGCCGUGACCCCUCACACGAGGGAGGGAUACAAGCCUUGUGGGAAUGUCAAAGGCCCUACACCGAUCGGGUGGCUGUUUCUCAACGACAACCCGAAGAACAAGGGCGGCGUGUGGAUCCCACAGGGGACGGUGUGUCCUCCCGGUCACAGUACCGAGGAUGUUUGCGGUGAAUUCAAGGCCGAGCAAGUGUGCCCAACCGAGCCUCCGCCAAGUGGAGGUGCGUACCUUGUGCUUUGGUUGUAUCCAAAGGCCUUUGCGCCGGACACAGUUCCGAAGACCCUUGCAGACCGCGAUGAGCUGAGCGCAUAUAUGGAAAUGGUUGCGGGAGAUCGUGUGUUGCAAGCGAUUGCAUUCAACGCAGCAGUGGCUACGGACCACGUGAUUGCCUUCACCCCCACUGAGCCUCCUAUUUCACACUGCAAAUGGGUACCCGAAUCCCUUGACGCGCAGGUGAUCAGCGAGGCCAUUGCCAACCUGGAGACAGGUGUGCCCGGUCUCAUAGUUCUGAGGGUCGACGCUCCCACCGAGGAGUUGUGUUUAGAGUGUGAGUGCCUAGCUGACACAGCUGGAGUGAGCAUUGUCUUGGUGAGCCCCUAUGGAUGCCCAACACUCGAAAGUACUGUCGAGGUAAGAGGAGACUUGAAUGUUUCCGGGAUAGGGCCGAACAUCGACGAUGCACUCCAGGUUUUGUCCACAUGGACUGAGAGCUAUGGCAUGAGCCCCCGUUGCUAUGCAGACACGGAAGAACAUGAUUUCUGGGCCACGUGUCGUGACAUUUCACAGGUACUCCGGCAUCGGAGGAAGAACGCAGAGCAGCUUGGCGUUCGUAAAGUCCUGGAGCAGGUCCUUAGGCAGAGCAAGGCAUCCAAGGAGUUCAUCCUAGCUGCCCGCCUUCACCGAUGUAAGGCUUGUCUAGACACUGCACCAGUUCCGCGACAUCAUCCAGUCUCAGGGGAAUCGGUGUUUCCGAAAGAGUUCAAUCACACACUUGGCAUAGAUUGCAUGGAAGUAAAGGAUGUCGAUGGUACCCGCGACACUGCAGUCAACAUGGUCGACAUGGGAACCAGCUUCCAACAAGUAGCCCUAAUAAAGUCAGGAGGUGGCAAUCCCAGCGCGCGGCAAUGUUUGCAGGUUUUCAUGGAGCGAUGGGUAUCGUGGGCAGGACAUCCACAGCAUGUAGUGGUUGAUAGGGGAACGCAGUUCAAGGGAGAGUUUGCAGGUUACAUGGGACAACAUGGGAUUCAUCUCCGAAAUGCACCCUUAGAAUCUCCACAGACCAUAGGGAAGGUCGAAAGACAUGGUGGUUUGCUCAAGGCACUGGUAAGGAAAACAGUGCAGGAGAUUCAGCCCUCGUCUUGGGAGGACAUGGUUAUGGUGGUCAGUGAAUGUGUGACUACAAAGAAUGACCUGUCCAGACAUCAAGGUUUCAGCCCAUCACAGCAUGUGCUAGGCAAACGACCUAGGACACCAGGUUCAGUCAUGGAUGAAGAUGAGAGCAUGGGAACUUUGUUGGCCCGUAUCGAUGAGACCACUCCUUUCUAUUCCCGACAUAGAGCCCGGGAAGAAGCCCGCAAAGCCUUCGUGCAUUUGGACUCGUCCAGGAAGGUUGCUCGUGCAUUGCAAAGGAAUGCAGCUCCCAUGGACAUGGAGUACCAGGUGGGCGAUUUAGUCAUUUACCGAAGAGACAAUUUGCCCGGUUCAACUUCCACUGUGUGGUCAACUGCAAGCCGCGUGAUAGGGCGCGAGGCAGAGAAUGCAUACUGGUUGCUGCAUGAGGGUGUGCCUGUGUUGGUCAAUGCCAGAAAGAUGAGGCCUGCAGAUGAGGUCGAAGUAGCUGCACGUCGAGUUCUGACCGGAGAGCCCGUUCUGCCAGGUUCCAUUGUCCACGGUCCAGAGCAACGUUAUCUCGACGAAAGAGAUAAGGAUCCAGUAACAGCGCCUUCUACCCCCAGACCGAACACUGGCUUAGCGUCGGCUCCCUCUACUCCCAUGAGAGUCGCAGCGGCCGAGAGUCCCGCCAUCACAAGCAAGGAGACUUCGCCCAGUGAUAAGACGGGCAGGGAAAGAACUCGUUCCCCGCCCAGACAAAGCUCCAGCGCGCUGAUGGCUGAGGCACAGGACACCGAUCCUGUAGAAGCAAAGGCAAGCGAGCUCCUGGAAGCAAUGGCCUUCGAGACGAGCCACUGUCUCGAACUACUCAGGUUGUGCAAGGAACACAAACCGAAGAGGACGAAAAGAGCGAUGUUCCAAGACGCAACAGAUGAUGAGCUUGCCGCUAGCUUCGGUGUUUAUAGGCACGGUGGUUUUGUUGGGAUUUCUAAUCCUACUAAGCAGCGCCCGUGUUUUGUGACCUAUUUGAACCGCUUCCUGAGGCAUCACUGUGAGAAGGCAGGCUACACCGAGUUCACUUGGAAUGGGAUCCAAGUAAGGGAAUCGCGGGCAAGUUUGCACAAAGACAACUCCACUUUGACGGGGUCGCUCAAUUUCACCAUGAGUUUGGGAAAUUAUUCGAAAGGAGGUCACCUGUGGAUAGAAAACCCUGAGGGAAACACAGUGAUUGACGUUUGUGGCAACCUUGUUCCCGGGACUCUACACACCACUCGAGGCAAAGUCCUUCGUUUUGAUCCAAAGAAACUCCAUAGGGUGGAACCCCAUGAAGGGCAGAGAUUCAGCAUCAUCGGGUUCACUAUGAAUCACUUGGGGAAGUUGCGCGCAGAUGAACACCAGAUGAUGGAAGACUUGGAAUUCCCACAACCGCGUAUUCCAUCACCCCAAGUAGAGCAGCCCCGUCAGGAGGAGCCUGAGCGAGCAGACGACAUGCGCUCCUCAGACGACGAGGAAGUUGGAACAGGUUUCCUAGCCUCACUUUUGGACUACCACAACAGCCCGGCCGAGGUGCAGUUGGGGUUGGACGAGGCCAUGCUCGCGGAGUGGGCCAAGUAUCAGGAAUUUCACGCUGUGAUACCUUGCUCAAAGAAGCAAGUGCAGGAGUUGCUUAGCCAAGGACACAUCUGCGUGCCCACCAAGUGGGUUCUCACCGACAAACAUGAACAUUUGAAAGGCACCCCCGGCUAUCGUCCCAAAUACAAAGCUAGGCUAGUCGCAUGCGGGAAUUUCGAGCACAUCUCCACAGGGGAGGACAUUCGUGCAGAUUCCCCGACAGCCGAGCCUGAAGCACUGGCUUUCAUUUGUUCCUGGGCAUCCUCACUCGGUUUGCGAAUCAAGGCAGCCGACAUCACGAACGCCUACUUUCAGGGUAAGCCGCUCGAGAGAUUGCUGAUCCUCAAGGCUCCUAGCAACCCCAAGGGCGUUCCGGACAAGGAGAUCCAGGAAUCCGGCUACAUGAUUGCCCGUGUCCCAGUGUAUGGUACGACCGACGCCGGCCGAAACCUCUACCUUCGCAUAGUCGAAGAGACAAAGUGCAUCGGACUGAAGUCAUCCCAGAUCAUGUCCGCGUUGUACUACGCGCACGACACAAGCGGCCGGCUGUGCGCUAUGCUGUGCACUCACGUGGACGACUUCUUCUGGGCAGCGUUCGGUGAGGGCGAGCUGAAGAUCCAGCAGUUGCUGGACCACUUCAAAAUCGGGAGGAUCGAAGAGGGUAGCUUCAGGUUCUGUGGCAGAGAAUACGCUCAGCACCCCGAUGGCACCAUCGAGAUCAACUCAAGGGACAACACGCGUGCCAUCGCUCCCCUCGAGAUCCCCAAGGGUGCAAAGUUGACGACACCUGUCACACAAGGACAGAGGACGGCGCUUCGGUCCGUCAUAGGUUCACUCGCGUGGGUGGCCCGGGCUACAAGACCCGACCUCGCGUACCGCGUCAACGCGUUGCAGCAGCGAGUGACUGUCGCGACCAUCGACACGAUGAGAGGGGCCAACCGUGUGGUCGCACUCGCCUUGGGCGACGCGGAGCGCAGCAUCGUGUAUCGCGCCAAGAUACUGCCGUGGAGCAGUGGCCCCCUCGCAGUAGUCACGUUUUGUGACGCCUCUUUUGCUGCUGAAGCUGGGUACAAGUCCCAGAGGGGGAGGUUGCACUACCUCACUGACGUGGAAACAGCACGCGACGUGAACGCACCCAAGCACAAGCUUCACCUGGUUGCAUUCGGUAGCUCUACGAUGAAACGAGUCUGCCGCGCGACACUACAGUGUGAAGCGUACAGCCUGCAGCGUGCCACCGAGCACGGAGACAGGAUCCGUGCGACACUCCUAGAGUUGCAAGGCAAACUGCCGUCACUGCAUGACUGGAGCGAAGUAGCGCCGAGAAAGAUGCUACACCUGCAGUACUCCGACUGCAGAUCGCUCACAGAUCAUUUGCUGUCGUCGGUACCCAGACCAGUGGAAGACAAGCGUCUUGCUAUCGAAAUGACAGCAUUGCGCCAAGCACUGUGGGUAGACGAGACACCGACGAGCGAAGCCUUCGCACCGUUCGGUGACAUCCUGCGAUGGAUUCCAACCCACCUUCAGUUGGCUGAUUGCUUGACCAAGAGCAUGAAGCCCAAGCUUCUGAACGACGCCUUGGAGAGCAACGAGGCCGUUGUGAAAGAAGAAGCUCCAGCUGAGUGA